AUGGAUGAUUAUUUAGUUGGGCCAUCUACUAUUACGGUUGGGAUGAGGGAGUUUUAUGAUUGUGUUCAACACAAUCAACUUUCUGAUGUUAAAAGUCAUGGGCUUCAUUUCACUUGGAACCAAAAACCGAAAAAUGGAGUAGGAGUUUUGAAAAAGAUCGAUAGAGUUAUGAGUAACACUCAGCUUCUUGAUUUAUUUCCAGAUGCUUAUGUUUUAUAUCAGCCCUAUCGGGUUUCGGACCACUCGCCAUGCAUUCUGAAUUUGUUUCCGGUUAACUAUAAUAGGCCUAAGCCUUUCAAAUUUGCUAAUUUUCUAGCGAGGAAGGAGGGAUUUAUUCCAUGCGUGGCCAAGGAAUGGGUUAAGGAGAUUCCGGGUAAAACUAUGUUCUCGGUGGUUAAGAAGCUGACGGCUCUUAAGUCCCCUUUAAGACGCCUUCUUUUUUAUCAGGGUAAUCUCCACAACCGUGUGAAGGAGGUUAGAUUGCAAUUGGAUGUCAUUCAGAAAGCUAUAGAUGACAACCCGCUUGACCUGGUUUUACGUGAAUCGGAAGCUCGUUGUAUUCAGGAAUUUAAUACCGUCUCGUAUGAUGAAGAAUGCUUUCUUAAGCAAAAAGCUAAGACAGAAUGGCUUGCGGCAGGCGAUUCCAACACGAAAUUCUUCCAUAACUGUGUGAAAAUGAGGAAUGCAUGCAACAAAAUUCAUACCAUUCAAGAUGUUCAUGGAAACUGGUCGCAUGGGAACGAUGUUUUUAGUGUUCUGGUUGCUCAUUAUUCGAACUUUCUGGGAACCCAAGACCAUGUAAGCAAGCUGGUAAAUGAUGAUUUAUUCUCUACUGUCCUUGACUCGAAUGGUGCUAGUAAUAUGGUCAGGCAGGUUACGCGUGAAGAGAUUAAAAGUGCCAUGUUUUCCAUAGGUGAAAACAAAGCCCCAGGGCCGGAUGGAUACACGUCCGCGUUUUUCAAAAACUCUUGGGAGAUUGUGGGUGAGGAGAUAACGAAAGCGAUUCUGGAUUUCUUUGAUAAUGGGAAGUUGCUUCAGCAAAUCAAUCACACUAUCAUUGCUCUAGUUCCGAAAACCCAAUCGCCUAAUUCAGUGACGGAUUACAGGCCGAUUUCUUGCUGUAACGUUCUUUAUAAAUGCAUUAGUAAGAUUAUCACGGAAAGGAUUAAAGGUAGUUUGGAUCGGCUUGUUGACAUCAAUCAAUCUGCCUUUGUGUCGGGAAGGAAGAUUACUGAUAAUAUUCUGCUUACCCAGGAACUUAUGCAUAAUUACCACUUGGACAUUGGCCCGCCCAGAUGUGCAUUUAAAAUCGACAUUCAAAAGGCCUAUGAUACAGUGAGCUGGUCUUUUCUUGAGGACGUCCUUCAUGCCUUUGGGUUUCACCCGAAGAUGGUUAAAUGGAUCAUGGUUUGCGUCACUAGUGUAUCUUAUUUGCUGAGCAUUAAUGGCAACCUUUAUGGUUAUUUCAAAGGGAAACGAGGGCUUAGACAGGGUGAUCCUAUUUCACCUUACCUGUUUACUCUGGUUAUGGAGGUUCUUUCGUUGUUACUUAAGAGGGCAGCCAAUUCAAAUAAUGCAUUCCGGUUUCAUCUUCAUUGCAAAAAGCAGAAGAUUAUUAAUGUAUCGUUUGCUGAUGAUCUGUUUUUAUUUGCGAAUGGGGAUGCGGCUUCGGUGAGGAUCCUUCGGGACACUCUUAAGAUGUUUUCAAGUGCUUCGGGUCUGGUUCCAAGCUUGCCGAAAAGUACUGUUUAUUUUGGUAACGUUCCUCGUAAUAUUAAACAGGAGAUUCUCAAUAUUAUGCCGUUCCAAGAGGGAUCGCUUCCGGUUCGUUACUUGGGAGUUCCGUUGAUCUCAACAAAGCUUUAUUACAAAGAUUGUAAAGUCUUAGUUGAUAAGAUGGUGAAAAAGAUUGAUAAUUGGAUGACCAGAUCUUUAUCUUUUGCUGGUAGGCUUCAGUUGGUUACUUCUGUCCUCUCUGCAAUGCAUACCUAUUGGGCCACUGUGUUUAUGCUUCCAGCUAAAAUUGUUCAUGAUCUGGAAAGAUGUAUGCGUGGUUUUCUUUGGGCCGGUUCCACCCAACAGUCUGUAAAGGCCAAAGUUGCUUGGAAGGUUGUCUGUUUGCCCAAGUAUGAGGGGGGUUUGGGCAUUAGAUGUAUUUCUGAUGUCAACAAGGCUCUCCUAUCUUCUCAUGUUUGGAGUGUCCUUACUAAUCGGAAAUCGCUCUGGGUGCAGUGGAUUCAUAUGUAUAAGCUUAAAGGCAAGAGCUUUUGGGAGUUCCCGAGUAGAGGUCGUAUGACCUGGGGUUGGAGGAAGCUUCUUGCUAUUCGCAGCUUACUCCGGCCGUUCUUAUGGUCCUCUAUUGGCAACGGUGCUCGAACAAACGUAUGGAGCGAUAUGUGGUGUGAUCAUGGGCCCUUGAGCAGGUUUAUUAGCCCGAGAAGGAUUGCUAAUGCGGGUUUCCAUCUCCAGUCUACGGUUGCCGAUUUGGUCUCGCAGAAUGGGGAGUGGACUUGGCCGAUUGCAUGGUAUGACUUGUUUCCAGUUUUAAUUAAUGUCCAGGUUCCGAAGUUUUCUGAUAGGCAAGACCGAAUGGUAUGGAAAGAUCUUGAUGGUAACUCCUGUCACUUCUCUUCUAGGGAGGUUUGGAAUAAUAUUCGGCAUCGUGAAAACAUAGUCCCAUGGGUUAAUAUGGUUUGGUUUAAACAGUGCAUCCCGAGACAUUCGUUCCAUAUGUGGCUAGUAAUUAGAAACAAAUUAAAGACACAAGAUAGAUUGUCGGUUUGGGAGGCGGGAAGUGCUUCAAAUCUGAACCUCAUGUGUUGCCCAUUAUGUUGCUAUGAUAGAGAUUCGAGGAAUCAUCUAUUCUUUGAAUGCUCUUUUGCUUUGGAGGUUUGGAAUAACGUUAAGGCAUGGACGGCUAUGGAGAGUGUAAAUGGUUCAUGGGAUGAUAUUAUGGCUUGGAUGACUCAGCACUCGAACAUGCAAGUGCCGGAAAAUAUUAUCAGUCGAUUGGUUCUAUCAGCUGCUUCGUAUUUCGUCUGGCAGGAAAGAAAUAAUAGGUUGUUCUCAAACAAUCACCGUACGCCGAUGGUGAUUGCUCGUGAGGUUGUUCGGACAGUUCGAUUACGUAUGUUAUCAUUCCAGUUCAAGUGGAGACCUGGCCUUCGUCGACUCCUAGAGAAAUGGGAGAUUCCUGGAGGAAACUUAGAGAUUGAUCCAGGCUGA